AUGCCGCUCCCGAUCUCGGCGGAGUUUUUGAAGUUGUGUGGCAGGGCCGGCCUGAACUCCAGGAUCGUGGGAGGCGCCCUUUCGAAUCCUGGAAACUGGCCAUGGCAGGUCUAUGUCCAGACCACCGACGCCCGGGGCAUCAGCUACGCCUGUGGGGGUUCUCUGAUCAGCAAGCAGUGGGUCAUGACCGCCGCACACUGCCUCAUAGACAGGAUAGCGAACCUGACCAAAGUGUACCUGGGCCUUCAGACUCUGUCGGGUCCGAACCCGAACGCGGUGGUAAAAGACGUAGUGUCCGCAGUGACCCACCCGCAGUUCAACAGCAGCGGCGUGUUGGACCACGACAUCGCUGUGAUCAAGAUGGCCGACACCGUCACCUACAGCAGCUACAUCCAACCGGUCUGUCUGGCCAAGAGCAACUCCACCAUCGACUCGGGACAGAGCUCGUGGGUCGCAGGCUGGGGGCUGCUGCAACAAGGCGGCAGCAGUCUUUCCAACACUCUCCAGGAGCUGUGUGUUCCGGUGGUGGAGGACGCUGACUGUAGCUCUCUGCUGCGGCUCAACAUCCCAAAGAACAUUCUGUGUGCCGGGUCUGUGGGCGGGGAGGGCAUCUGCCAGGGGGACUCGGGGGGCGCCCUGGUGGUCAAACAGGGAACUACAUGGAUCCAAACGGGGAUCGUGAGUGGCUCCGUGGGCUGCGCCCUCCAGGACAAACCCGCGCUCUACGCUGAGGUGGCAGAGUUCCAGGCCUGGAUCCAAGGCCACGAGUGGGGAGCCAGCUGCCCUCACUCGUUCGUCGGUGCCUUUAAGCUUCAGUUCGACAUGUCGUGGACUCCUGUGGACGACCUGGAGAAGAAAGACGCAGAGCUGGCGAUUAUGGACAAGCUUUUAUCUCAGCAAAUGGCGUCUCCCUCGAGUGCGGCGCUCAACUUCAAAGGACUGACGGAGUGA